AUGGAAAACCACUGGAAGGCAAUUUCAUCACAAUUCGUUUUUGUGCGAUUAUCAUUGAACAACACCUUGAGCCAACGCUUGCCAUCAGAUGAUGUUCGCGAUGAACAAAUGGUACGGCUGAUGGACGACCACGACCAUGUCCCGGCGGCAAAUCAAAGGAAUUCUCCAUCGUCGCGCUUGUUCGCGUUCUCUCUGCCCUUAUUAGCAACGGUUAUUGUCUUACUUCUUGCUUUCACUGGGAUUGUCGAACACGCCGUUUGCAGGACGAUCCUGGGUGACACACAUCACAAGAGGGGCCCAAAGGUCAUGAUAAAGCCCUGCGGCAGCACGCCUCAAGAAGCGAGGGAAAAAGGCUGCCACUUUGACGUCAUCUCUUUUUGCUGGCUCCCAAGUCAAUGUUACGAUGCAGAACUUUCGCGCGAGUUCGACGAAGCCAAUCACCUGCAAUGGUUCCUCGACCCCAACCGCACCGAGCCCCUGACCCACGACCAGAUUAUGACGGGCGAGUAUACAGGGCUCUAUGUCAACUGGGAGUACCACGUGCGACACUGCACGGCAAUGUGGAAGAAGAUGCACCGCGCCAUCAUACUCGGAAACGGACAAGGGGCCAAGGCGAUUGACGGAUACAUAGGAGUGUACGAGCACACGAAGCACUGCGAGCACAUGUUGUUGGCGGGGAGGAACAUUGCACCCGAUAUCAUAAACACUCGGAUUGCCGUGAAGUACCCCGACUGUGGCGUUUAA